AAAUAGCGGGUUCAGAGCGCUUCCAUUUCCAUAGUUCGAUCAUAGCACAAAAUGCAUGCAGUGCGCUUGGGAUUGUUGUUCGCCACAGUGGGCGUGGCGCUGUGCAGCGCGCAAACUGUAACGGAUAAGCCGUCAGUGCCUGGUAGUACUUUGCCGGAGGCUGGCAUACCCACGCCGACGACGUCCACAACGAGUGCCCAGCCGGUGUCCAGUUUUUUGUAUAAUCAAGGCGGCAGUACUGUGCUGCAAAAUGGCGCCGGCAGCAUCUAUAAGCGGCCCGAUGGUCGCACCGUUUUGACUGGCGCUGACGGCCAAACACUUGUGACCAGCGCCGAGGACAGCGACGAGUCCAAUGAAAGCGAUGAUCAGCAGCCGGGCAACAACAAUAUUAUCAUAAAUGGACGCAGCUAUGCUGCCGGCAGUAGCUUCAUUUCUACCACUGGCAACGGCCAUGGCACUGUGCUGGUGAAUCAGGGCGGCGAGGGCAGCUACAUGAACUACAACAAUCAUCAAGUGCGCAUAGUCAAUGGCGGCUUGGAGCUCACCACGGGCGGCAAAGUCUUCAAUUUCGCCGCCAAGCAGGGCAGCAGUCAGGAGCAGGUGGACAUCAAUGGUCAGCAGGCUACGGUGACGUAUGAGAAUGGCAACAUUAGCGUUGAAUUGCCCGACGGCACAGUGCUGGCCAAAACGGAGCAGGGACUGUUCGGUGGCAAUCGCGAGAGUUAUGCCAAUCGCAAGCAGAUUCAGGAGAAUGCAGCACGUGAGGCAGCUCAGGCCACCGAGCAGGCCAGACAAUUGCAAGAGCGACUGCAGCAGCAGCUGGGCGAACAGAUGAGGAAGUUGCAAGAGGAGCUGCAACGCACGCUGGGCAACCUGCACUUCUAAUUUGUCAUUUGUAUAUACUACUUACCCCCAACUAUGUGCAUAUAUCAAAAUUCGUUUACACUCGAAUAAAGCUUAUUUCGUUGAAUUA